AUGGUAACAUACAAAGGAAUUGAACAAGAAUUAAAUGAUGCAAAAGGGAAUAGUAAAAAUUUGAAAGAGGAAAUAGGUGAAUUUGAAAAAAAGAAGGAAGAAUUAAAGGAAAAGGAACAUUUUUGGAGAAGGCAAAUGAAGGAGUGGAGAAAGAGGUUGAGAGAGUUCGGUGGAGAGAAGUGUUCUUCUAUUAAUAAUCAAGCUGUGGAUAAAUUUCAAUAUUACCAACUAUAUGUGAAUAAAUAUUCUAAAGCUUCUGAUAAAGAAAAAGUAGCCUUUAUGGAUUUUAUCUCACAGAAUGUGUCAGAGUGUCCUAAAGUUUCCUAUGAAGAGGUAGUAAAAGCAUUUCAAGAAUCACAAGCUAGUGGCAUAAAAAAAUCAAAAUUAUUAAAGAAAAUUGCAGAAGACAUUAGAACCAUAUACUGCUAUUUUUGUGAUCAUAAUUCAAGUGAAUAUCCACCAAGAUCAUAUAUUGCUAAUGUACUAUUAUCUAAGUUUAGAGAUGAAAAUGAUGCUUUAUCUACCUAUCUUGCUUAUUUUUGCACAUGUACUCAAAAAUCACAGGAAUUCAAAGAUUCAAAGGGAUGGUUUGAAUAG